AUGGCUUCUCAGUCUGCAGAGCGUGACGCUCAGUUCAACACCCUUGUCGAUGUUUUGCACAGUGUCAAAAGCGACAUAUUCGAUCCUUUCACCAUCAGCCGGACAUACUACGAGUCUGCAGGAGUUCAUAUCGGCGUUGAUAUUUUAAUUCCUCGUCAACUCAAAAGCCGGAACCCACCAGUCGUCGUCAGAAUCCACGGCGGUUUUCUAAUCACCGGUUCAAGUUUGUUUCCUGCUUGGUUCUCCAAAUGGGUUCUUGACUUUGCUGAGGAGCAAGAUGCUGUUAUUAUCAGUCCCAAUUAUAGGCUUCUUCCGGAGGUGAAGGGACGAGAUAUCAUUGAGGAUAUGGCAAACUUCUGGAGUUGGGUGCACUCUGGAGGACCUUCCCGUCAUCUCGCAGCAAUUGGGGAACAUAAGCUUCGAUUGAACCUUAUAAGGACCCUUCUCGUGGGUGAAAGUGCUGGUGGCUACCUGGCUCUACAGUCUGUUCUGUCGGGCUUUGUGAGACCCAGGGCGAUUAUUGCCCUUUACCCAAUGGUCGAUAUGAAAGCGGCUCACUUCACCAAGUCCUAUGCAAAGUCAAUCGUCGGUGUAACGAACUACCCCAGCGAGGAUGUCGAAAAGUUCGUUUACUCUACUUCUGGACGGCCUGCAAUCACUGAGGCAGAUCCUCCUGUGAGACUUGACUCAGCUAUGGCAGUUGUGCAUAACGGGCGCUAUCUGGAGCUUUUGGGCCAGGACCCUGAGUUAUUUAUCCUUGAUCGCAUUGAGAAAAUGGGAUCAACUUUAAACCCUGGGGGGUCUUUGUUGCCGCCCUUGUUCCUGCUUCAUGGUGAGGAGGACAGCGCAGUACCUAUUGAUGGUACACGAAAGCUAGUGGAUUCCCUGCAACGGUUUGACCCAGGUACUAAUAUUCAUCUGGCUAUCAGGCCGGGGGACCAUGGAUUCGACUUUACGGCUACCAUUGAUGAGCCUUGGUUGAGAGAAGGUUUGGAUUUUGUCGUUAGUCCAUGGUUAGAUAGUAAGAGUCUUAUAUAG